AUGUCUUCGACAUCGACCCCAGCCGCUCCCGACGGCAGUAGUACGGUAACUUAUGAACAGUUGCACGAAAUACAAGAAGAAUUUGAAAACGCAGAAGUGGAGCUUGUCCGUCAGCAUGUUCAGAUCACCAGGCCUAUAUUGGAGAAGCGAGCCAAGGCUAUCGCAGCAAUACCAAACUUCUGGCCUUUGGUUUUCGAGCAGGCGCCCCAGGACAUUGAUGAAUACAUCCAGCCGACAGAUGCAAAUGUGCUCAUGUCGUCACUCAAGUCGAUUUCUGUUUCACAUUUCGAGAUCGACAACGAAGUAGAGUGUGGUGACCCGAGAAGCAUUUCCAUCAAAUGGGAAUUUGGUGACAAUGACUACUUUGAGGAUCGUUUCCUCGAGAAGAAGUUCUGGUACCGACGUUCAAAGAACUCAAGCUGGUCCGGUCUGGUCAGCGAGCCCGUCGACAUCAAAUGGAAACCCGGAAAGGACCUGACGCAUGGGCUGCUUGCCAUGGUAAAGCAAGUUUGGGAUGAGGAGCAAAACCAAGGUACAUUGGCAAAGAUUGACAAGUCCAAGGGAAUGACUCCUUCCCAAGAGGCCCUCAAAAAGAAGAUUGAGAGUGCUGGUGGUGUUGGUGGAGUGAGCUUCUUUGCCUGGUUUGGUUAUCGCGGUCGACGUGUCACGGCCGAGGAGAAUCGACAGUCGCAGGAAGAGAGACGUCUGAAGAUGCUAGGGGAAACGUCCGAAAUGAGAGCUACUGAGGACAAGGAUGAAGAUAUGGAAGAAGAUGAGGAAGACGACCAAGAUGCGCUAGAGGCUUUUCCGGGCGGUGAUGAGCUUGCAGUUUGCAUUGCGGACGAUUUAUGGCAGGAUGCCAUUAAAUAUUUUAUGCAAGCGCAGGAAGAUGAUGGUGACGACAGUGGUGACGACUUUGAGUCAGAUGAGGAUGAAGAGGGUGAAAACUCUCCAGCGCAGACCCCGGGCCAGCCACCAGCCAAGAAGCAGAAGAAGUGA